UUUGGUGGUUGUAUAAAGCCAUGUUCCAAACAGUAUAAGAUGGUCCUCCAUGGCAUUUCACAUCGUCUUUUUCCCAGACCUCCACCCCUCCUUUGCUAGGGUUUCUUUAAUAAGACAUCUCUUCUCUUUCAAGAUUCAUUUAUAGAGAGAGAUACAGAGAGAGAGAGAGAGAGAGAGAGAGAGAGAGAGAGAUGAGAGCAACGAAGAAACGGCAACUCGUGAUAAAAAAGAGUAUAGCUCCAAGUGUAUCGGUAAUUCGAACUGUUCAUUACGGGCAGUGCUUGAAGAACCACGCGGCUAAUAUUGGUCUGUACGCUGUGGACGGCUGCAGAGAGUUCAUGGCAAGUGGAGAUGACGGUACACGAGGUGCUCUGACGUGCGCCGCCUGUGGCUGCCACCGGAAUUUCCACCGGAGAGAUAUAGACGAGAUUGCUUGUGAGUGCUCCUCCACUUCUGAUGAUUAAUGCGUUGGCUGGAAACGCCAACAAAUUCAUAUAAUAUCUCUGUGAUAUUGUGAAUAUAUAUUUAAUUAAAUUGGUAUUAGGAAACCAUUUCUAGAAUUUACGGUAUUUAUUCUUCAUUUCUCUCUAUUAUUUGAUACUGUAGAUCAUGUCAGGCAUUUUUUACGGAAAAAACUUUGUUAAAUUUACAUUUGGUUUGAUUUAUAUAUAUUGGGUUUUAAAUGCCAUAA